UGUCAGUGAACUUUCUCUGUGCUUCAGAGCCACACUGGACACCGUACUGUCUAACAGAAGCAGAUGACAAACUCAAAGAGGAAUUAGAAGAACAGAAAACCCAAGAGAGACAACAACAACAACUUUCUCUUCAAAAUAAACCUGUUGGUGACCUGGAGAGGGGUCAGUGAAGCAUGCCGGGGCACGAGGUUCAUACCAGGCUGCGCUACAGGCUCACUCUGGCCACUGGGAUGUUGGAGUGUCUGUGCUUUGCUGGUGUGGUGUUUGGUUUCGCCUCUCUGAUGUUUGUGCUGAAGGAGGAAGGGUACUUCAGUCACCUGUGUGACAGUGUCCCAGAUGCCAAUGGCACCAUGACCAGUACAGACUGUAGUAGACAGGAUGAGCAGUUCUCUCUGGUCUUCACCAUUGCCUCAUUCCUCAACAACUUCCUGAAUCUAGUCAAUGGCUACCUUUUUGAUCGGUUUGGCACCAUGGUGACCAGGCUGCUGGGAAUAUGUUUGUACACAACUGGAACCCUUCUUGUAGCCUUCUCCAGUGCAGCAUUUUCAGAGCUGCUUUUUCCUGCCUUGUCCUGUAUCGCCGUGGGAGGAAUUCUGCUCCUUCUGACUAAUAUGCAGGUUGGUAACCUUUUCGCUUCUCAUCGCUCCACCAUCAUCACCCUCUACAAUGGUGCCUUUGACUCCUCUUCUGCUGUCUUCCUCAUCAUCAAGGUUCUGUACGAACAGGGAAUCUCUCUCCGUUCCUCCUUCCUUUUUAUGUCCUUCUGCAGCAUCAUACAUGUGUUGAGGACCUUCCUGCUGAUGCCCAGAACCCACAUCCCCUAUCCUCUGCCACAAUACUACACCUACGGACUGAAUUGCGGACAAGCAAACACUUACAAUGUGGAGCAGUUGGAGAGGAUGGCUGAUGGUGCCAUGACAGAUGUACAGGAGUCUUAUGGGAGGGACAACGUGUCACCAACACCUGAGGACAGGUCAGAGACCCAAGACUCAGGGAAAGAGGUGAGUUUCCGGAGCUGUGUGCUGUCCUGGUUCUUCCUGUGGCACCUACUAUGGUUGUCCAUAAUGCAGCUGAGACACUACCUCUUCAUUGGCACACUCAACCCAAUGCUCAACCGGCUGGCCAAUAAUGACCCCAACUUGGUGAGUCAGUACACCAAUGCUUUUGCCAUGACCCAGCUUUGUGGAGUCCUGUGUGCUCCCUGGAACGGACUCAUCAUGGACAGACACAAGGGAAAGCCCCUGGCUCCUGGGGAAACAGAGCAGGAGGCGGACCUGCGCUCCUCCACUCUGUCUCUGUUCCUCACCUCCCUGCAGUGCCUGCUGUUCUCUGUGAGCGCCUCAGUUCCUGUCCUUCCUCUGCAGUACCUCACCUUUGUUCUACAAGUUCUCAAUCGCUCCUUCCUCUAUGGGGGAAAUGCAGCAUUCAUUAGUGUUGCUUUUCCAGCCCAUCACUUUGGGAAGCUGUAUGGCCUAGUGAUGUCCCUGUCGGCUGUUAUCUCUCUGCUGCAGUACCCCUGCUUCGCCCUGGUCAAAGGAGCUCUGGGUGGAGACCCCUUUUUUGUGGACAUCGCUCUGACACUCUUCACUCUGCUGGUGUUUAUCCAUCCUGUCUAUAUCUUCAUCCACUGCCGGAAAGUGGCCCGCCACAGAGAGAACAGCAGCACCAGUGAUGUCUCUAAUGGCUCUAAAAUGGCUGAAGCCAAGUUAUAG